ACCAGGAAAGGGCCCUCCCCCUCCGGCACCGCAGCGCCCGCGCCCCCGGAGCAUGGCCCCCCCUGCCCCUGCCCCUCCGCCGCGGCCCCCGAGAGCCUGACUUCAGUCGGAGCAGCGGAGCCCCUCGGAGCGGCCUCCGGGAGCGGAGCCGGCCGGGGCCCCUCGAGGCUGGGCUUUAGGCACCGGCCGCCGCCGAGCAGCCGUCCCCUCCCGGGCUUGCCGCCUGCCGUGCUUGCUUGGAUGAGUCUGCGACAUGCCUAAUAAGAGACGAGAUGGGCCAGGGCGACGAGAGCGACCGCAUUGUGAUCAACGUGGGAGGGACUAGGCACCAGACCUACCGCAGCACCCUGCGCACCCUGCCCGGCACUCGGCUGGCCUGGAUCGCCGAGCCCGAUGCCCACAGCCACUUCGACUAUGACCCCCGCACGGAUGAGUUUUUCUUUGACCGGCACCCGGGCGUCUUCGCCCACAUCCUGAAUUAUUACCGCACCGGCAAGCUGCACUGCCCCGCCGACGUGUGCGGGCCCCUCUAUGAGGAGGAGCUGGCCUUCUGGGGCAUCGAUGAGACCGAUGUGGAGCCCUGCUGUUGGAUGACCUACCGGCAGCACCGGGACGCCGAAGAGGCUCUGGACAGCUUUGGUGGGGCCCCUCUGGAUAGCAGUGCCGAGGAUGGAGACAUAGAUGGCACCGGAGACUCUGGUGAUGGGGAAGAGGAACUGGAGAUGACAAAACGCCUAGCGCUUAGUGACUCCCCGGAUGGCAGGUCUGGGGGCUUCUGGAGACGGUGGCAGCCCCGCAUCUGGGCUCUCUUUGAGGACCCCUACUCCUCCAGAUAUGCAAGGUAUGUGGCAUUUGCCUCCCUAUUCUUCAUUCUGGUCUCCAUCACCACCUUCUGCCUCGAGACCCAUGAGAGAUUUAACCCCAUUGUGAACAAGACAGAAACUGAAUUCAUCGGGAAUGACACCCAGGUGCGGCACUACAGGGAAGCAGAGACUGAAGCCUUUCUCACCUACAUCGAAGGUGUUUGUGUGGUCUGGUUUACAUUUGAAUUCUUGAUGAGAGUCACUUUCUGCCCAAACAAGGUGGAAUUUAUCAAAAACUCUUUGAACAUCAUUGACUUUGUGGCCAUACUGCCUUUCUAUCUAGAGGUUGGACUCAGUGGCCUGUCUUCCAAAGCUGCUAAGGAUGUCCUGGGCUUCCUCCGCGUAGUCCGUUUUGUGCGAAUCCUGCGAAUUUUCAAGCUGACUCGCCACUUCGUUGGGUUGCGGGUCUUGGGACACACCCUCCGCGCCAGCACUAAUGAAUUCUUGCUGCUCAUCAUAUUUUUGGCAUUGGGCGUCUUAAUCUUUGCCACGAUGAUCUAUUAUGCCGAGAGAAUAGGUGCUAAACCAAAUGACCCUAGUGCCAGUGAACACACACACUUUAAAAAUAUCCCCAUCGGCUUUUGGUGGGCUGUUGUCACCAUGACGACCUUGGGCUACGGAGACAUGUAUCCUCAGACUUGGUCAGGCAUGCUGGUGGGGGCCCUCUGUGCUCUCGCUGGUGUGCUGACCAUUGCCAUGCCUGUCCCUGUCAUUGUGAACAAUUUCGGAAUGUAUUACUCCUUAGCUAUGGCUAAGCAGAAGCUACCAAAGAAAAAAAAGAAGCAUAUCCCGAGGCCACCCCAGCUGGGAUCCCCCAAUUAUUGUAAAUCUGUCGUAAACUCUCCACAUCACAGUACUCAGAGCGACACUUGCCCACUGGCCCAAGAAGAAAUUUUAGAAAUUAACAGAGCAGAUUCGAAACUGAAUGGUGAGGUGGCCAAGGCGGCGCUGGCAAACGAAGACUGUCCCCACAUAGACCAGGCUAUUACGCCUGAUGAGGGCCUGCCCUUUACUCGCUCUGGCACUCGGGAGAGAUAUGGACCCUGCUUCCUCUUAUCAACCGGGGAAUAUCCCUGCCCGCCUGAUGGAGGAAUAAGAAAGGGUUACGAAAUGUCACGGAGCCUUAACAGCAUAGCUGGCAUAAGUGGAAAAGCGAUAGGAUUAUCCUCAGUGUCUGCGCCCUACAGCUCUCCUAGUCCAGUGAGACGUUCUUGGUCUCCCAUCCCAUCUAUUUUGUAGCAUGGAUCAGUAGCAGAGAAUGGUCUAAAAAGCUUUAUUUUCAAUUAGCCUAUGCUAUGUUGCAUAUAAACCAGGUGACUAAGUCUGAAGAUGCAAUGUCUCACAGUAGCACCUGCUGGGAAUGGUGUUACUACUGAUGCUAGGUGACAACACUCCUAACUAGCACUCAGAUGACAAUAGGCAGACAUUACGUAGUACUGGUGGGCCAUACAUGCUGCAUGGUGUAAGUGCAUAGGAUGAAGGGUAGAUGCACCAGAUAGUUUCCUUCCUGGUGCAUCCUGCUAGUAUAUGCUUAUUGUGGCAAACGGUGGAUCUACUGGCUCUCUAUGGAAUGGGUUAGGCAUUUAGUCGAUGCUGAAACAUGCCAACGAUGGAAGAUUUUGCUUUUCUCAGGAUAUUUUUGAGCCAUAGGAACCCUGCGGGAGUUUGAGCAAACAAGCACAGUAGGAUGAAACUUUGCAUGGGCGCCUAUUAUAAGCUGAAAGCAAUACUCAGACACACUGUAGAGAGGUCUCAGUCUGGCUGACUGCAUGGAAAAAAAAAUCCUGUUGAAGAAGAAUAUGGCUGCCUCUGCAUGUAGCUAUUUCACCUUUUUCUCCUUCCUUUAAAACUAAGAUGCCGAGCUUGAUGUGAAAAGCGCAGGGAAGACGCUCAAGUACUGAUUGUAUUCUUUACAUGCAGAUCUUUGCAAAGAAAGUCCAGUCAUUGCAAAAUAUAUGCCAACAGAGGCAGUCAGAGUGACCUGACAAGGCAAGAUGGAGAUGAACAUUGAUGACUAAUAAACAUCUGUGUGGAACUGUGCAGGCAUAGAAGACCUUCUCAUUUGGACAAAGUUAACUCGCUCCAUGCAGGUUUUAUGGAUGGUUCUUCGUGAUUUUGGAGUUGUACUAGAGAUGCAGGCUUUUUCUACGGCCAAAAUGUAACAAAACUGUAGAAGAUUCUUUUUUUCUUUUUUUUUUUUAAUUUUUUUUUUUGUUCCAUAGCAUGUGUUGCAUGAAGACAAAAAUCAAAAAAAAAACCAAAAAACAAGAAACACUGCAAAUGUAUGAUUAAGGAGAAAAAAGGCAAAGUUAUAUAUUUUCUUUCAAAGCUCUUUACUUUUACAUACAUUGUUGUAGCCAAGAUGUAAAACAUUAUAAAACUGUACAUUUCUUUGCUAUGGAUUGCUUCUUUUUGUAUACAAGAUAAAGAGUUAUGGUUUUAAAAAGUGCAAUCAGGCAGUCAUCGGUCAUAUUGACCACGCCUUCACAGUUCAUCACACUGACAUCGAAAUCAAGAACUUUUAAUCCAACUAGAAGUGUAUAAAAAUAAGAAAAACUUUUUCCUGUCUGUUUUUGUUGGCAUGCUUGUGACACAUGGAACCUUCCUUCGGACCUGACAGUAACAGCUGGUCUAGAUUUAAUUUUCCAGCUCUGGUUAUGUUGUAUUUUAUUGAUGUAUAGAUCCAACUAAAGACCCUUCAUAAAUUGUUCAUAUUAAGUAAUCAGUAUGAAUUUCAAACAAAAGAGGUGUUAUUUUAAAACUGGGACUUAUAGUACAAAAUCAGGAAAAUACUCAAGUAUAAAUGGUCUCAAAGUUUAAGAAACAAGACAACAGCAUUGUAUGCAAUUUAGUACUGAGUAAAAUGCAUGCACAAUGUUAUGCAAAACAAUUCUAGCAUGAAAUAAAUUUUGUAUCAUGGUUUCAGUGCCUGCUGUAUAGUGUAAAGGGGAAUCCUUUUCUGAAGCGAUCAGGGGUUUCCAGAGACUUGCUUCUAAAAUCUUGAAUAAAUACAGUGUUCUCAACAGAAAUGUAGGAGAAAAGCUUGGUAUUGCUUUAGUUCUACAAUGCUAAUUUUGGUGAGUAGAUAAUAAAUGAAGCCUGCAAACACUUGAUACAACCGAUGUCUGAAGAAUUCGCACCAUUAGUAAUUUUAUGAAGGAAGAUUAAAGAAACUCUAUAAUUAUCUAGGUAUCUUCCUUUUCCCUCCUCAACAAUAAUAAAAGUUUGUCUUUUUAGCUGAUUAAAUGAAUUCAGUUUUUCUUACUUCUUUGGGCCCUGUCCUUCACUCUUCUUCAGUGAGCCACAGCUGUCCACCUGAUACUAUACUGGAAGAAAUCCAGGUGUUGGAAUCGCGCCUUAUUUUCCCCACAAAACAUGCAACAAUGAGAACUGAGAAACACAAUGGGAUUACAUUUCACUUUAGAUGCUCCAAAUGACAACUACGGACUAUGAAUCAGCAGCAUUCUAGUUGCUUGAGCAUUUUUUGGUAAAGUACUUCUAUAAGGAAGGAUGCACCUUUAUCCUCAUGUGAGGAACUUCAAAAGAGCUGGCAACCUUCUAGACAAGCUACAACAUCUGCAACUGCUUUUGAGAAUGGGAACGUAAAGGACCAGGAUCCCUAUGGCCUGAAGGAAGUAGAGAUUAAAACAAACAAACCCAAUAAACAUUCAUGGCUCUGGUAAGUACUAAAUUAUAAACAAAAACCAGCUGCAUCUGGACCUGGUCUUAACAAAACCCUGCUCCAAAAGGAAAAUCAAGGAAGGCCUCAAGUGAUGUUUUAGGAAUAGAAGAAAGGCUGAUAAUUUGAAACAAUACAUAAUUAGAAAACUAGUCCUUUUUAGUCCUUGAGGUAGCAUUAUGUACUUGAUUUUUACUUCAGCUGACUCUCCUUUCGCCUAAGAACUAUUUUUCUCCCAGAGUUUCAAUGCUGCUAUUCUCAGCUGAUAAAUGGGCAAUUUCUUACCCCCAGAGGUAAGAUCCAGGUUAAUCCAAGAUCCCAAAGUUGCCUAAAGAACAACUUUUCCUCUUACAACAUGUUAAGAAUCCAGAAAUAGAUUUAUCUGCCCUAUUUUUUAUUUAACACUAACUCAAGGGCCCAGCGUGAAGGCUGCUCAAAUUCCUUGUUACCAUAAGGCAUACUAACAUUUUAGCCCUGUAAAUCCCUCAUAGGUCGUCCCCUUCCACUAUGCUUUGCAUAUACAUGAGCCUUAGCUCAUGUUGGGUUGGGUGAACGUGCUCUGAGGCAACAGUCGUUCUGUGCUACCUUUUACAUCUACCAGUCCCAUUUUCAUUUAGGUACUCCUCUCAGGUUACUCUGAUUUCAGGUAACCAUGUCUUUUGGGUGACUUCUAUAAACCCUUCAGAAACAGAACUGUGCUUCCCAUCUACAGCCCUUCAGGAGAUGGUCUAAAGUUUAAGGUCCAUCUGACCGGAGUUCCCCUUGCACACAAUGGCAGGGAAAGAGUGAGAUAACUGGAAAAUUUAAGGAGCUGUUGCACCCAGUUCUCACACUGAAUCCUAAUUUACCGCAUCAUCCCAGCUGCCUUACACUUAAGGAGCUUUUGCUGCGAUACUAUGAUUAAAAUAUUAAUUCCUUCAAGGCUGUCCACUCCCAACACAGGAGGUGUAUAUAUAUUGAUUACAACAUCAAAACCACAUACGUGGUUGCUUCCAACCUCAGGCUUGCAAUAACGCUACUGACUACUUCUGACUUCACACCAUCAUAAGUAAGAGUAGAAGCACGUUCUGUAGUUCACUUACACUGCCUGUUUCCUGCUGGACAAAAACGUCCAGGUUUCUUCCUCUGCAAACUCAGCUUUUGGCAACGGACCCCCAGCUACAGGACUCUAUGCUGGUCUACCAUCUGAACACAGUGGCAAUUAGUAGUUUAUUAAUUGCUGAUAUUAAAAGCACACUUCAGCCACACCUUCUAUACAUUCAGCUUUUCCUCUGACUGUGGCAAGGUACUCAUUUUUUCUGGACCACCCUGAUGUGUCUCCACACCUACAAUUUCAGAGACCAAAAUCUGAAAAGGGGUUCCUGUUCUCUCACUCCAACAAAGAAAUCGAGCUAAUACUGCUGUGAUAACAGUCAAGUGCAGCAAUCAUUAAUCUGGAUAAAGUGAUUUUUCACAUAAAUUGCCUUUUAUCUCCUUAAAGUUUCAGGGCCAAAAAGAAAAUACAUUACUGAAACAAAUGGCUGCUAGGACAAAUGAACAGACUGAAAUAGAGAUGAGAGCAAGCAGGGCUAAAGCAAGGGCAUUCAGAAAGGAAUUGAGCACAGAACUAUCUUUUUUGAAAGCAAAAAAGAUAUCACAGAAUCACAGGAUGGUGGAAGUUGGAAGGGACCUCUGGA